UGACGUUUAAAGUCCGCGACAGACUGCAGUGCAGUGGAGGCUGAUCACAGGAGUGUGUGUGUGGGGAUUAAACUGGUAGUGGAGUGGAGUUAUAAAGUUAUUCACGUUCAGUUAGUCGGGUGUCUGCUGUGUGUGUGUGUGUGGUUUCCUUCCUGGUCGGUGAGGUUUUACAGAGUGAUGAGUGAUGAGCGCGUGCAGUGACAGCAGUGAUGAUGAGGAGACACAGAGGAUUAAAGAGGCGGUGUGGAGGUUCGGAGCUGAAACACACCAGACACGGGGAGCUGCAGAGAAGCACACACAUAGCAAGAGACUGAAAGUGUGUGAGCACGAGCACGAUGGAAACGAACUGAAGACAACACCAGAGUUCCGCUCUCACGUCGCCAAGAAGCUCGGAGCCAUGCUGGACAGUGUGAUCUGUGAGGUGUUCAGCGAGACUCCGGACUGUAAAUCCGCCCCACAGGAAAACACACAGGAUGAAUCUGAUGGUUUCAGACUUUUCUCUACAUCACUUCCUGGUAACUGGAGGGAGGAGCCAAAGCAAGCCCCGCCUCCUAAACGCAGACCUGCACCCAGCUCCAGUGACAGUGACAGUGAGAUGGAGUCGAGGCUGAGGGAAGCGGCCGUGUCCAUAUCAGAUCUGCUUCCUUCCUCCUCCACAGAGACGGGACGGGGGGACGAGAGGACGGACACCGGAGCGAGGGAUGAGGACAGUGCUGAACGGAAAAAGAAGAAGAAGAAGAAAAGGAAAGCUGUGACAGAGAGAGAGGAAGACGAGUCGUUAGUGCAGAGAGACGGAGCUGUGAGUCAGGAACAGAGCGGAGAGAACAACACACUGAAGAAGAAAAAGAAAAAAAAGAAAGUGAAUGAAGGACUGAAAGAGUCAGAGAAUAAAUGAGUGACAGGAGAUUAAUCUGUUUCAGGUUGAGUUUAAUAUCAGCAGCAGUUCUUUACUCAGAUUAAUUGUAGUUUGCUCUUAUUUUAUGUUAGUUUAUAUAAAUAUGUCUUUUUUGUUGAUUUUUUCUAAAAGAGAAAUGUUCACUUUUUAUUUUAAAGAUUGAUUUUUAAUAAAAUGCUUUU